GUCUAAGUGGUGAGGUUUGGAACUGUUGUCCGGUUGUGCACUUAUCACCAUGGUUGACACUCUCAGAGGGAAGAGCACCAUGCCAUAUAGCACAGCCCAAGAGGAGCAGGCCGCCGCCAUCCUCAGAGAGAGAAAAGAGAAGGAGGAGCUCCAUAGGCAAACAAAGAUGAAGAUGAUAGCCGAGGAUCAGGCGGCGAAGAAAAAGAAGCUGGAGGAGGAGAUGAAAAGGUUGCAGCAAGAAGAGGAGGAAGAGCAACCGGACGAAGAGCCCCUCAGAAGGAGAAGACUGGGGGAAGGAGAAGGAAGCAGUGGUACAAAGGAAGAUGACCCGGGGGUGGAGAAGAGGAUAAGUGAGUGUGUAGCUAAUUUGUCAUUGGGAGAAGACGAGGCGAUAAUCUAUAUACCUCAGGAGGAGAAGAAAGCAGCAAUCAGGGAGAUCAAGGCAACGAGCGAUUCCGUCGAACGCCAGGCCAUAGAGAAUGAGAAGAGGUUGGACUGCAAGUUCCGCCUGACAAGGGAGAAGAAGAGGAGGACGGAGGAAGCCAACAAGAUUGCCAGAGAGGUGGAAAGUCUACAGACAUGUAGACAAGAAGUAGAGGACCAACCUGAUGUUCAGGCUAAGUUAGAUAAGAUCCUUGGGAGCAUCGAGCUCCUGGGUAGGGCCUGGACUGAGCUUCACCAGUCUGUUAGGGGCCAAGAAAUGGCCCUCCACUCCAUCCGUUCUGGUUUUAGGGACUUCGCGAGAAGAGGAUAAGUGAGUGUGUGACUAAUUUGUCAUUGGGAGAAGACGAAGAGGCGAUGCUCUAUAUACCUCACGAGGAGAAGGAAGCAGCAAUCAGGGAGAUCGAGGCAACGAGCAAUCCCCUCGAACGCCAGGCCAUAGAGAGCGAGAAGAGGUUGGACUGGAAGUUAUGCCUGGCAAGGGAGAAGAAGAGGAGGACGAAGGAAGCCAACAAGAUUGCCAGAGAGGUGGAAAGUCUACAGAUGUGUAGACAGGAAGUAAAGGCCCAGCCUGAUG